AUGGCCCCUGAGAAGAAGCCCUUUUCACGACUGCCGAAGAACGUUUCGCCCACCCUUUAUGAUUUGACGUUGAAGCCUGAUUUGAAAGCCUUCACCUUUGAGGGCACCGAGAAGAUAAGCAUUAAAGUGAAUGAAGCCACGCAGACCAUUGUCUUCAACACCAAUGAGAUUGUCAUCAAGAAGGACAGUCUCGUCCUCUCUUAUGGCACCGAUAAAUCCAUUGACGUUGAAAAGAUCGAAACUAGUGUCGAGAAUGAAACUACGACGCUGCACUUUAAGGAAACGCUGGUUCCCGGCGAUGCUCUUCUAAGCUUUACCUUUACAGGUAUUCUGAACGACAAGAUGAAGGGCUUUUAUCGCUCCAAGUACCACAGUACCGAUGGGGAAAACAAGUAUGCGGCCGUUACUCAAUUUGAGGCCACUGACGCUCGUCGAGCUUUUCCUUGCUGGGACGAGCCAGCUAUAAAAGCCUCUUUUGAUGUCACGCUGGUAAUUCCUGACGAUGGGAAAACUAUUGCCCUCUCGAACAUGUCUGUUCAAUCGGAGAGUGUCAAGGAGAACUCCAAGUCUGUUCGCUUUAAUCGCACACCCAUCAUGUCCACCUACCUGAUUGCUUUCAUUGUCGGCGAGUAUGAUUUCAUUGAAACAAAAUCUGAAGAUGGUGUCAGAGUUCGUGUGUACGCUCCUUUUGGGAAAAUCGAACAAUGUCGUUUUGCGCUGGAGAUGUCCGGUAAAGCUUUGGACUUUUACCACAAGUACUUCAAGAUCGCGUAUCCUCUGGAUAAAAUUGAUCUCAUUGCCAUUAGCGACUUUGCCGCCGGAGCAAUGGAGAACUGGGGCUUGGUAACCUAUCGUGAAACCUGCUUGCUGGUGGAUCCUAACAACACUUCAACGGCUCGAAAACAAUGGAUUGCACUGGUUAUCGCUCAUGAACUAGCUCAUCAAUGGUUCGGCAACUUGGUGACGAUGGAAUGGUGGACUCACCUCUGGCUGAACGAAGGUUUCGCGUCUUUUGUUGAGUACAUCUGCGUUGAGAAACUGUUCCCGGAAUUCAACAUUUUUACUCAAUUUGUGUCUGACACCUAUCUGGAGGCGCUGGAGCUCGAUGGUCUGGAGAACUCGCACCCAAUUGAAGUGCCCGUCGGCCAUCCCUCUGAAGUUGAUGAAAUCUUUGAUGACAUUUCCUACAACAAGGGAGCUUCUGUCAUUCGAAUGCUCCACAAGUACCUUGGAGAUGAUACUUUCCGCGAAGGCAUGAACCAUUACCUGACCAAAUGGAGUUAUAAGAAUACACAGACUGAAGAUCUUUGGGACGCACUAGAGGAGGCGAGCAAGAAGCCCGUUCGUCGAGUAAUGUCUACCUGGACUCAGCAGAAAGGAUACCCAGUGAUCUCCGUUACUGGCUCUUCAGGCGCAUUUGUCCUGGAGCAGGAGAAGUUUAACCUGACUGGCGUCCUCUCGGAGGAGGACAAAAAGUCACUGUGGGCGGUGCCACUGGAGGUGGUCUCGCAGUCCUCUGGCGGCAAGCCCAUCCUCGAGACGCUCUUUGAGUCUCGCACCACGCAGCUGAACAUUGAAGUGGGGGCCAAUGAGUGGUUCAAGCUGAAUCCGGGCAGUGUAGGCGUGUACCGCGUCAAGUACACCUCCGAGAUGCUGGACAAGUUUGUGCCGGCCAUUGUCUCGCAGCAAAUUCCGCCCCUUGACCGCCUGGGACUGCUCAGCGACCUGUACGCGCUAGUCAUUGCCGGCAAGCAGAGCACCGUCGAUCUGCUCAAGUUUAUCGCCGCCUUUGAGAAGGAGACCGACUACACCGUCUGGUCGGCUCUGAACAUGAUCAUCGUCAAGUUUGACCAGCUCUUUGCCGGCACUGACUUCCACCAGGCGUAUCGCGUCUUUUGCCGCCACCUGCUGACCAACAGCGCCUUCCCCCACGUCGGCUGGGAGCCCAAGCCCAGUGAGCCCCACCUGGACACGCUGCUGCGCUCGCUGGUCAUCAAUCGCCUGGUCACGCUGGAGGAUGAGGCAGUGCUCGCCCACUGCCGGGAGAUGUUCAAGGAGCAGGUGGAGCAGAAGAAGGCCAUUAUCGCCGAUUUGCGUGUGCCGGUGUACCGCAGUGUCGCCCACAAGAGCGAUGACGUCUCCUACGAGACGCUGAUGAAGCUGUACCGCGAGUCGGACAUGCAGGAGGAGAAGAAUCGCCUCUCCACCUCGCUGGGACACCUCAAGAGUUUGCCGAUGAUUGAGAAGGUGCUCAAGUUUUCCAUCUGUGAGGAAGUCCGCUCGCAGGACAGCGUCUUUGUGAUUGGCUCCAUCGCCAACAAUCCGCUCGGUCGUGACCUGGCCUGGAGCUUCUUCAAAGAGAACCGAAAGCUGUUCAUUGAGCGUUACGACGCCGGGUCGCUCAUCUGUCGACUGAUUAAGCUGGUUACGGAGCACUUCAACACGGAGGAGAGGGCCAACGAAGUGGAGACCUUCUUCAAGGAGAACGCCUUUCCCGGCUCCGAGCGAACGGUGCAGCAGGCGGUUGAGACCAUUCGCCUGAAUGCCGCGGUGAUGAAGCGAGAUGCUGCCGGAGUGAAAGCCUACUUGUUGUCCAAGCCGAGCGCCUAG